ACGAGAGAGAGAGAGCACUCGGGCAGCUGCUCCUUCAUCCCCACAUCUCUCUCUCCCCCCUUUCUCUCUCAGUGUCGCAUAUCUUUCUCGGUGCUGUGCAUGGAGCUCUUGCUGUCUACCUCUUCUCUGGUCCGACUUCCUUCUUUGAGUCCACACCACAACUUCCCAUCACUUCACCACACAAGCAGACCCGCCGGGUCCACACUCUACUCCACUCAUCCCCGCUUCAAACGCUCCAGAGGUUUGCGUUCGACUGAGCUUUUCGGCCAUGGCAGCUCCUUGAAACCUGAUGUAAACGGUCACAGCAGGCGAAAUUCUGUCAAGGUUUGUGCGCAAGCAGGAGCAGCUGGAUCUGAUCCUAUAUCGAGUAAAGUCUCGGAUUUCAAAGAUGCAUGCUGGAGAUUCUUGCGUCCUCAUACGAUACGUGGGACUGCUCUGGGCUCCUUUUCGCUGGUAGCAAGAGCCUUGAUCGAGAACUCGCACCUCAUAAAGUGGUCUCUGCUAUUUAAAGCAUUCUCAGGUCUUUUUGCUCUCAUAUGUGGCAAUGGUUACAUUGUCGGCAUCAACCAGAUUUACGACAUUGGCAUUGACAGGGUCAACAAGCCUUAUUUACCUGUAGCUGCUGGAGAUCUAUCCAUUCAAACUGCGUGGUUAUUGGUAAUAUUUUUUGCGGUGACUGGCCUGUUGAUCGUUGCAGCUUAUUUUGGACCAUUCAUUACUUCCCUUUAUUGUCUCGGUCUUUUUCUUGGCACCAUAUAUUCAGUUCCUCCUUUCAGAAUGAAGAGAUUCCCAGUCGCAGCAUUUCUUAUAAUUGCCACAGUACGGGGUUUUCUCCUCAAUUUCGGCGUAUAUUAUGCCACAAGAGCUGCCCUAGGACUUGCAUUUGAGUGGAGCUCACCUGUGGCUUUCAUCACAACCUUUGUCACGCUAUUUGCCCUGGUCAUAGCCAUAACCAAGGAUCUUCCAGACGUCGAGGGCGAUCGCAAGUUUCAGAUAUCUACUUUUGCAACAAAGCUUGGGGUCAGAAACAUCGCCUUUCUAGGUUCUGGACUUCUGCUGUUAAACUAUAUUGCUUCCAUCUUCGCUGCAAUCUACAUGCCCCAGGCUUUCAAACGUAACCUCAUGAUACCUUUGCAUACAGUCUUGGCAUUGAGCUUGAUUUUCCAGACAUGGGUCUUGGAGAAAGCAAACUACACUAAGGAAGCAAUUGCCGGGUUCUACCGGUUCAUAUGGAACCUGUUCUAUGCAGAGUACAUUAUAUUUCCAUUCAUCUAAGCAUAUAUACCUUCUUCCUCUCAUACAUUUGGAGUGCGAAAGAAGACUUCCUUUCAACUUUUUGAGACCUGACUGUACACAUAGCUCCUCCUUUUUUACCAGUAACUUCUUGUAGCUCUCUUGUAAAACUCUUCGGGCAGUGUUGUUCCAUGUCGUGGCUGGUGCUAGAUAAUGUUCACGUGAAUAUAAAUACAUAACGAUGUUCCAGGAACAUUUGAUCUGCAAAA